UUAACUUUUAGUUGCCAGAAGGAGCUCCGUGGUGGAAGUUCGUUUUCCGGAGCUCUGGUUUCCCUGAGGUUAAGGAAGGUUCGUCGUUGUUAGCAGACUCGCGGUUUGGGAUUUCGUGGUUGUUUCGUCCAGAACUCUCAUCUUUCUAAAGGAGAAGCCGGUGAAUUCUACGCCUUCUUCAAGUUCCGACCUGGUGGAGGAGGGAACGCAGCGCUAGCUGAAGAUGUUUCAGAUCAAAAGGAUUUGCUGCAUCGGGGCUGGGUAUGUGGGAGGCCCAACCUGCAGCGUCAUUGCCCAGAUGUGUCCAGAGGUCACCGUGACGGUCGUAGACGUCAACGAGUCCCGAAUCAAAGCCUGGAACUCUGACACGCUGCCCAUUUAUGAGCCAGGACUGAAGGAGGUGGUUGAAUCAUGCCGAGGGAAAAACUUAUUCUUUUCCACUGACAUCGACUCAGCCAUCAGGGACGCUGACCUGGUUUUUAUUUCAGUAAACACCCCAACCAAGACCUAUGGGAUGGGGAAGGGUCGCGCAGCCGACCUAAAGUUCAUCGAAGCUUGUGCUCGGCGGAUCGUAGAGGUGUCUGAUGGCUACAAGAUCGUCACGGAGAAAAGCACGGUCCCGGUGCGAGCUGCUGAAAGCAUCCGACGAAUAUUCGAUGCCAACACUAAGCCCAGCCUUAACCUACAGGUGCUCUCCAACCCAGAGUUCCUCGCUGAAGGAACAGCGGUGCGGGACCUGAAAGAUCCAGACCGGGUCCUGAUCGGUGGCGAUGAAACAGCGGAAGGCCAAAGGGCCAUCAGGGCGCUCUGCGCCGUGUACGAGCACUGGGUCCCCAAAACGAGAAUCAUCACCACCAACACAUGGUCGUCUGAGCUAUCCAAACUAGCCGCUAACGCCUUUCUGGCUCAGAGAAUCAGCAGCAUAAACAGCAUCAGUGCUCUGUGUGAGGCCACCGGCGCUGAUGUGGAGGAAGUCGCCAAAGCCAUCGGAAUGGACCAAAGAAUAGGCAGCAAGUUCCUGAAAGCCAGCGUAGGUUUUGGUGGGAGCUGCUUCCAGAAGGAUGUGCUCAAUCUGGUGUAUUUGUGUGAGGCUCUCAACCUUCCUGAGGUGGCCUCCUACUGGCAGCAGGUGAUAGACAUGAACGAGUACCAAAGACGGCGCUUUGCCUGCAGGAUUAUUGACUGUCUCUUCAACACCGUUACUGGGAAAAAAAUCGCAUUGCUGGGCUUCUCGUUCAAAAAGGACACUGGCGACACCAGGGAGUCGUCUAGUAUCUACAUCUCAAAGUACCUGAUGGAUGAGGGAGCCAAGCUGUUCAUCUAUGACCCCAAAGUUCUCAAAGCUCAGAUCAUGCUGGAUCUCUCCCAACCCAGCAUCUCAGGAGACAAUCCAGAGAGAGUGUCAGAUCUGGUCACUGUAACAUCAGACCCAUACGAGGCCUGUCAGAGCGCGCACGCUCUGGUCAUCUGCACCGAGUGGGACAUGUUUAAGGAACUGGAUUAUGAGAAGAUCUAUAAGAAGAUGCUAAAACCCGCUUUCAUAUUUGAUGGUCGAAGAGUGCUGGACCACCUCCACGCCCAGCUCCAGCACAUCGGCUUCCAGAUUGAGACCAUUGGGAAGAAAGUGGCAGCAACACGAAUCCCCUACACCCCGGCCGCUGCUUGUCCUCGCAUCGCCGCCACCGAACCUCCCACCAAGAAGGCAAAAGUCUAAAGCCUGGAAUCUUUUUGACUUUAGAAAACGCAGCACAUUCCUUUUAUUUUCAUGCAUCUCAGUGUAACAAGCAUGGCGAUCAGAGGCGCAGACCCGUACAGCCAGCUGGAUGAAUGCUUGCAGUGGAUGAACGUGUGGAGCGCCGUGUCACACAGAACAAGCGCUUCCUGUCGUCGUGCAAAUUAUGUGAUUUACACCACAAUCAUGUAUUCAAGGCAGAGAGUUUUAUACAGUUUUUAAAACUAUUUUUUAUAAAACACUUGACCGCGUCUUAACUUUUGUCUUAUUCAUUCAACUGUUGAAGGGGCCAAUGCAAUAAAAUUUCUUUUUAAUUCAA